AUGUUGCUUUGUAACGAAAAUAUCCAAAUACACCGUCCUGUGCCGCCUGUGACAUCUCUUUCUCUGGAAAAAAGCCACUUUCUUUCAGAUUUUGGGACUAUUCUUCUGGAUUACCAAGAUGUAGAUCAAAUGGUGGAAAUAUAAUCAAAAAUAUAGCGGAAUCUUACUGAAAUGGUUCAAAAAUCAUGGCUUCAAUGGGGAUAAAUGCAAGGACUAAAUAAUCGAAUCCAAAGGCCAAGGUCGAGAAAAUAUCUGAAAAUAUCUGAAAAUAUCGUAAAAAAUCCAUCUUGGAGAUCGAGAAAAAGAAGGUUUCUUAGGAUACUGUAGAUUUAUUCUAUUUUGUCCAUAAAGAUGAGUUGUGUUUUAGCACAAAGAGGAUUCAGUCGUUUGCCAGGGCUUGCAUCGAGUAGGCUGCCUCAACUACAAUGUGGGCUUUCUAGUAUGUCGAUGUAUGGUUCUCAAACAAAACCUUGGUCUUAUGUUAAGCAACAAACUCUAGACGAAUAUGCUUCCAAGUCGUCUGUUCGUCUUACUCCUUAUCAGAUGCUCUUUGCUGGAAAGUCCAAAGAUGGGAGUCAUCUUAUUAAAAGUGCUCUGUAUCUACAGAAGGAGUUACCAAUAAGGAUUGCACGACGUGUGGUAGAAUUUCAGCAGCUUCCAUACAUUGUGCUUUCAAACCCAGUCAUACAUGAUGUGUAUCAACUGUACCUUAGAGCCUUUAACAUGGUUACCAAAUUCCCAAAGGUAGAGAAGCUAGAAACAGAGGACCGUUAUAGUCAGAUGGUCACAGGAUUACUAGUUGACCAUCAAAAUGUUGUUACAAAUCUGGCAGAAGGCUUUCAAGAGUGUAAAAAACAUAUCUCAUUUGAUGACAUGGGGAACUUUCUCGAUCACACUCUUAUGUCACGCCUUGGAAUUAGAAUGUUAGCCGAGCACCAUCUAGGUCUGAGAAAUGAACGGCCCAAUCAUAUUGGUAUUAUAUGUACUCAUCUGAAUUUAAAACAAGUUAUUGAAAGAUCUGCUGACUUUUCAAGACAAGUAUGUGAGCAUAUUUAUGGUAUUGCUCCUGGUGUAAUAAUCAAUGGACAUACCAAGGCUGUUUUUCCAUUCAUUCUUGCUCCGCUGGAAUAUAUUCUGCAGGAACUCAUCAAAAAUGCUAUGCGGGCUAGUGUAGAGUAUCAUUAUGAUAAGCCACUGGAAAUACCUAACCUAGUCAUAACAAUUUGCACCAAUGAAACUGAUUUUUAUGUUAGGAUAUCUGAUCGUGGUGGUGGAAUUCCAGAAGCAAAGGUCAAAAACAUCUUCAAGUAUUCAUUCACCACCAUGGGUGAUCGCAGUGAGUUCAAGCCUUCAGACAAUCAAGGGAUCUUCGGUGACAUAUGCCAGGGACAUCCCAACAACUCCCCUAGUGGAGGACCUAUCGCAGGAUGGGGAUUCGGCUUGCCUACCUCGCGCGCGUAUGCCAAGUACCUCGGGGGGUCGCUAGAGCUGCAGACAAUGGAAGGUUUGGGUACUGAUGUCUAUUUGCGGCUCAGGCAUAUAACCGAGAGUAAAGAGAGUUUUCGUAUAUAAUACUAGACUUUGUAUACUCUGCGUUAGACAGGCUGAUUUCUGAAAGAACUGGUUGGGUUAAACACAGCCGUUUUUACUAUUCGACAACCUGAAAAAAAACAUCAGCCAGGAUGACAGCGCUGCAGUGGGCAGUGGCGUAAGGAGUGUGCAUGUUAUAGUCUGAUUUUAUGAAUGGGGAUUCCUAAGGAAAAUAUCAGCAAGUGCACGGUUACGCGACGGAAAUGGCGGCUCUUGCUUUGCGCGAUCAUGUAACGGCAGCAAAAAUUUGCUAUUUGCUUGGUCGUUCGUGUUGUUCUUGUCACAGACGCAAGAGUUGCAGUAAAUUCAAAUGUUUAAGACCUAAAAAGGAAUUUUUUAAUUGUUACUCGAUGACACCGCUCAGUGUAGGCAAUAUUACCUUGUCGCCAUCUUCAAAGACUUGGGCAACUUUGAAAUGGGUCACUCUUUGGGGUAGGAAUUUGACGUUUGUUUUCCGCAGUUUGUCAWGGGUCUGCGCACCCUUCCAACCCCGGGGAUUAGCGUUGAUGAGGCUACGACGUCACAGGAAGGGAGAUUCAGCUAUCCCUUAUGAUUCCUGUAAUUUCGAGCCCAGCUUUAUCUUAGUUUCCCUAUUGUCAUCCCAAAAUUCUUAUUCUUGAUUGCGUAGAAUCCAUAUAAUUUUUUGCGCAUUAUUUUUCAUCACAAAGAAAUGUUUACCGUCAAUGGCAGGGGCUUAUCUUAAGAUGCGAUAGAUUAUAAUAUAUAGAGAACAUAAAGAUUACUAGUCUACAUGUAAAGAUGUAUAUAAUGGGUUAUAUGGUGCAUGGGGUUGAUUUACAUGUAAACAUCGUUAUGAAUCGCAAAGGAGUUUUUAAAAUCAAAGGUUUAAAAUUGCUGUG